AUGGAUGAUAUUGCCCCCGAAUACGAUGUUAUUGUCCUUGGAACAGGUUUGACUGAAUGUGUGCUUUCUGGUGUUCUCAGUGUCAAAGGCAAGAAAGUAUUGCAUAUCGACCGCAAUGACCAUUAUGGAGGCGAAGCGGCUUCUGUCAAUAUCGAGACUCUCUUCAAGAAGUACGGAAACUACACAAAGGGCGAGGAACCAUGGAAGAAGUACGGACGCGUCAACGACUGGAACAUUGAUCUCGUCCCCAAACUCUUGAUGUCCUGUGGCGAAUUGACGAACAUCCUCGUUUCCACCGAUGUCACAAGAUACCUCGAAUUCAAACAAGUGGCUGGAAGCUAUGUGCAACAAGGCUCUGGUGCAAAGGCCACUGUUGCGAAGGUUCCCUCAGAUGCGGGGGAGGCGCUUAGAUCCUCCUUGAUGGGUAUCUUCGAGAAGAGACGCAUGAAGAGCUUCAUUGAGUGGGUUGGGACAUUCGAUGCUAAAGACUCUGCAAGCCACAAGGGGCUCAACAUCAACACCUGCACAAUGAAGGACGUAUAUGACAAAUUCGGGCUCGAGGCUGGUACUCGCGAUUUCAUUGGUCACGCUAUGGCCCUUUACCAAACCGACAGCUACAUUAAUGAAAAGGGUACCAGCCCAGAGACCAUCGAGCGUAUUCGUCUUUACGGAAACUCGGUGUCUCGAUACGGAAAGUCGCCAUACAUCUACCCCCUUUACGGUCUUGGAGAGCUGCCGCAAGGCUUUGCCCGCCUUUCCGCUAUUUAUGGCGGAACCUACAUGCUCAAUACCAACAUUGACGAGGUUCUAUAUGAAGGUGAUAAGGCAGUGGGCAUCAAGGCCACUAUGCAGGACAGGGGAGGAGAGGAGCCAAUGAAGUUCACCACCAAGUGCAAGAAGAUUCUUGCCGAUCCGUCUUACUUCCCCAGCAAGGCUCAGGUAACCGGACAACUCCUGAAGGCCAUCUGUAUCUUGAACCAUCCUCUUGCCGGCACGGACAACAGCGACUCAUGUCAGCUGAUUAUUCCCCAGUCUCAAGUUGGACGCAAAAACGAUAUCUACAUCGCUGUCGUUUCAAGCGCCCAUAAUGUCUGCCCGAAGGGGUAUUACAUCGCUAUUGUCUCGACUAUUGCUGAGACCUCAGCCAACCACCAUCUUGAACUGGCACCUGGCUUUGAACGCCUUGGACGAAUUGAAGAGAAGUUCAUGGGUCCUUCCAUCCCACUCUACGAGCCUCUAGAAAGCGGAAUAAACGACAACAUUUUCAUCUCCAAGAGCUAUGACGCUACUAGCCACUUUGAGACUACGACCGAUGAUGUCAAGGAUAUCUACCGUCGGGCAGAGGGUCACGAUCUUGUUGUUGAGGGAUUAAGAGAGGGUACUAACUUGGUUGGUGAGGAGUAA